AUUUAAAACUCAAAUGACGACCAUUCUAUAAUAAGUGGAGGAAUUGGGGGCGUUUUUUACUUCUUAAAUUAAAAUCGUCUUUUUUUCAACCAAAAAAAGAAUCGUCUGAUUCUUCUUCUUCUUCCUUUCUACGCCAGGAAACACAUAGUGCUGCUGCCGCCGUCUAAUUUUCUUUUUUGUUCUGCUCUGGGUGUGCCUAGGCUUCUGCGGGCGUAUACACUGGAUCCGCCUCUGCUUUUAUGCAUAUGUAGGUAGGUAUUCAUUUCAAGGUGAGACGAAGGAUAUUAAGGACACCACGGAAGCUGCGAGAUCCAAAGCUUUUGGCGUCUGCUGGUAGAGUCCUAGUCAAAAGCUCAGUUGCCAUUUCACAGUUUGUCCAACGAAGAAUUUCUAACUGUAUUGUCUGUCAAUCAUGGGUGUAAUUGAGCUUUUGUGCAAUGCACCAUCAUCGUCACUUUGCAUUGACAGACUGAAAUUGAAUAGGGUAUUUGAAUAUCAGGGUAAUUGCAGUAGCAGAAGGAGGAGAAAAGUGCCUUUAUUUAGUGUCAUGGCAUCAACUGUUCCUGCAGCUGCUGUCAAUGAGAAAGAGGAUAGUCAACAAGAGCAGUUAUCAGCUAAUGUUACUGGCGCCUCUUUUAUCCGACCUCAUCUUCUCAGAUUGAAACCUUAUCAGCCCAUUUUACCUUUUGAGGUGUUAUCUGCUCGGCUUGGUCGGAAACCAGAGGAUAUUGUAAAAUUGGAUGCAAAUGAAAAUCCAUAUGGGCCGCCUCCCGAGGUUUUUGAGGCUUUGGGAGCGAUGAAAUUUCCUUAUAUUUACCCUGACCCAGAAAGUCGCCGAUUGCGUGCAGCACUUGCUGAAGAUUCAGGUCUUGAAUCUGAAUACAUUCUUGUAGGCUGUGGGGCAGAUGAGCUAAUUGAUUUAAUCAUGCGAUGUGUGCUAGAGCCUGGUGACAAAAUAGUUGACUGCCCUCCUACAUUUACUAUGUACGAGUUUGAUGCUGCUGUUAAUGGUGCCAGUGUAAUCAAGGUACCCCGCAAGUCAGAUUUUAGCUUGGAUGUUGGACGAAUUGCAGAGGCUGUUGAGCAGGAGAAACCAAAGUGCAUAUUUUUAACUUCACCGAAUAAUCCAGAUGGGAGCAUAAUAGGAGAUGACGCUCUUUUGCAGAUACUCAAGCUGCCGCUAUUGGUGAUUCUAGACGAGGCCUACAUUGAGUUUUCUGGGUUAAAGACUAGAAUGCAGUGGGUGAAGAAGCAUGAGAAUUUGAUUGUUCUCCGGACCUUUAGUAAGAGAGCUGGUUUAGCUGGUCUCCGAGUGGGUUAUGGAGCCUUUCCUUUGAGUAUCAUUGAAUAUCUGUGGAGAGCAAAGCAGCCAUAUAACGUGUCUGUUGCAGCUGAAGUAUCUGCCUGUGCAGCACUGCAAAACUCUGUCUAUCUUGAAAAUGUCAAAGUGGCUCUUGUGCAAGAACGGGAAAGGCUGUUUAAACUUUUGAAGGAAGUACCGUUUCUUAAUCCCUAUCCAAGUUAUUCUAAUUUCAUUCUUUGUGAGGUCACAUCGGGAAUGGAUGCCAAGAAAUUGAAGGAGGACCUGGCCAAAAUGGGGGUGAUGAUUCGUCAUUACAAUAACAAGGAAUUAUCAGGUUAUGUUCGUGUGUCUGUGGGCAAGCCUCAGCAGACAGAUGCAUUAAUGGAUUGUUUACGGCGCUUUUUCUAAUUUCAAUGGAGCGCUUGUUUAUUGCUGUAUGAGAGGAGCCAAACUCCCGAAAUGACUGAUUGGGUGACUUUUAGUUGGCCAACUAAGUUAUCAGAGGUGCUCAGGAUUUCAUCAGCUGCCUGAUUCAAUCACCGGCAAAGCCUCAGUGUUGCUAGAACCUGAAGGUCUUUGAGAUGAUUUCCAGGCUGGAAUACUGGGGACCCCUGUUUGCUUAGCUCCUCUUGGUCUGAUUUUCUUUGUGAACCGAAGACAUUGUAACUCUUUUUGUAGGUCUGUUUGUAAUUGGAUGGUGAAUGUGAUUGCUGUUUGGCUGCAGAUAAAUAUUUUGAGCCAAAAUGAAGAUUUCAGUUAAGACCUAAAAAAGUUGCAUCCUUUGCAGACCAUUUAAGUCAUCAACCACCUACCCGGCAUGAACAGAGUUAGUAACAAACUCAUUUUGUCUUUCUCUAGUAGUUGUCUUCAGUAUUUUGUUUGGUAACUCUGCAUCAGACUGUAAUAAGCAAUUGCAAAAACCGAGCAGAAAACCUCAACAUUCAGUGAUUAUGCGAGGAAUUUGGUUGAUGAUCGGAUGAAGUCUCUUUGUUUCUGCGAAUGAUCACUGGUCUAUUGUUGAUAGAUUAUGCCACUUUGGCCUUCUAGUUUUUUAACAUUAGAUCUGAGAAACUGACAGUUAA